AUGUUGGCACUAGAUAAUAGGCCUGCACAAUUUGAUGACACUGAUGAAGAAGAGGAGGAGGAGAACAAUGACAUGGGGAUGUCUGGGCACGAAGAUGAUGAGGACAGACCGGUCAUUGAAUAUGAUAGGGACAAUCCAUCCCUAGAAGAAGGCGCCAUAUUUCCAUCGAUGGUUGAUUGUCGGAAUGCACUUGCUACUUAUUGCAUUAAGGGUGAAUUUGACUUUGAAAUUGACAAGAGUGAGCCAAGCAGGUUGAGAGUGCAUUGCACAUACGAGAGGUGUAGAUGGAGGAUGCAUGCUUCUUUGAUGAGAAAUAGCACACUUGUUCAAGUCAAAGUGAACUGUUGGCCUCACACUUGUCCAAGUACGGAAAGAAAAGAGACAUUGAAGCUAGCUAAGAGCAGGUGGUGCGCUGAAGUUAUGGCGGAUUGGGUGAGAGAUAACCCAUGUAUUGGUCCAACUGCAUUGAUAAAGAAGAUACAUGAGAAGUUUAGAAUGAAUGUGCCUUACAUGAGAGUGUUUUAUGGUAAGGAAAUGGCUCUUGAUAAGAUUUAUGGUCCGUGGAAGGAUAGUUUUAAGUUGAUUUACACAUUCAAAGCUGAAGUGGAGAAAGCAUGUCCAGGAAGUGUUGUAGAGGUUGACAAGCACACGGUGACGUACAAAAUGAGAAAGAAGAUGAUGGAGAAGGAAUGUUUUAGAAGGGCUUUUGUUUCAUUUAAGGCAUGCUGGAAGGGCUUUUUAGAUGGUUGCAGACCAUAUUUGGCAGUGGAUGCAACUGCAUUGAAUGGAAGGUUUAGAGGGCAGUUAGUAGCUGCUUGUGCAAUUGAUGCACACAACUGGCUUUUUCCAGUAGCUUAUGGUGUGCUAGAGAUUGAAUCAGAAGAGAGCUGGAAAUGA